AUGGCAGAAGCUGUCAUCAGCAUUGGUGGAAGCGUCCUUGCCAAUCUGAUUACUCAAGCACUGGGAAAGGUUGGAAAUUUAUGGGGCAUCAAGCGUGAACUUCAGGUGCUCGAGAGCACCGUCACCAUGCUUCAGGCUCUGCUGGACAAUGCAGAAGAGCAACAACACCAGAGUUCCCAAAUCAAAGAUUGGGUGGAGAAACUAAAAGAGGUUUUCUAUGACUUGCAGGACGUGCUUGAAGAAUUUAAUAUAGAAGCUAUGCGAGGAGAACUGAAGGGCGACAAUCAAAUGAUCAAGGUGAAUGUUUCUAUCCUUCCAAUAGUUGGAAUUGGUGGGCUUGGAAAAACAGCUCUUGCUAAAUUUGUAUAUAAUGAUGAGAUGAUCAGUAGACAUUUUGACUUGAAAAUGUGGGUUUGUGUCUCUGAUGACUUUGACAUGAAAAAAAUAGUGAAAGAUAUCAUAGUUUGUGUGGAGAAGAAAGAACCAAACUACAGUUCGAUGGAUGGGUUGCAAAGUGAAUUGAGGAAAAUAAUUGAUGGAAGCAAAUAUCUCUUAGUUUUGGAUGAUUUGUGGGAUGCAAAAUCAGAAACAUGGCCCAACUUGAAAUCAUUAUUGAUGGGAGGUACUAGAGGAAGCAAGAUCCUUAUAACUACACGCCUUCCUUUGGUUGCAGAGAUCACUUCCCCUGCUCCACCUCUUCUUCUUGAGGGCUUGUUUGAAAGUGAUUCUCUUGAUUUGUUAAUGCGAAUGGCUGGUCGAAAAGAAGGGGGCAUACAAGAUCUUGACAUGCUAGCUAUUGGUAAAGAGAUAGUUAGAAAUUGUUUUGGGGUUCCAUUGGUUGUUCGAACUAUUGGGAGAUUUGGAGAUAAAGAAGCAUACUCUAGUCUAUCUUUGGAUGGCAGAAGGAUUUAUCCAGCCAUCAAAUUCAGGAAACAGGGAGAACUUUCAAUUGAAAAUUUGGGAUCUGUAACAAAUGCGGAAGUCAAAUGCGAGGAUGAGAUAUUGGUGGGGAAGCAUUCUCUAGAAUCUUUGAUACUUAGUUGGGGCGAUUUCCUUACUGAUGAUGUAGUAAUAGAUGAAGUGCUAAUUGAUGGACUGAAGCCGCCCUCAAAUCUGCAAAGGUUGAAGAUCUUGAAAUAUAAAGGUGAGAGCUUUCCCAAGUCGAUGAUGGAUAGCCUUGUGGUGUCAUCAGCUGACUUCCCUCUCGCAAGGUAUGCGACAUCUAUCAAGCCUCGUGGAUCUCUAUAUCUGGAAUGGUGA